AUGAGAUUCCUUUUCCUUUCAUUCAGGUUCGCAAACAUUGAGAUUAAGUCUGUGAAGUUCGAGGAUUCUCUGUUUGAAAACUGCUACUUUGAGGAUGUCAGGUCCACCAACACCUUCUUUGAGAACUGCACCAUCAAAAACACCGUCUUCUAUAACACAGACCUCUGGGAGGAGAAGUUUAAAGAUUGCAAGAUGGAGAACACCACCUUCCUCCACCCGAAGAAAGGCUGCCACCUGAACUUCCUGGAGGAAAACGACAUCGUAAUAUAUAUGGUCAGCUUCCUGGGGAGUCUGGCCGUCUUACCGGGGAACAUCCUCUCUGCUUUGUUCAUGGACAAGAUAGGAAGGAUCCGAAUUAUAG